UCAACGGAUUUUAUUGCCCUUUACAUUAAGAUAAAUUUAAAAUCACGUGUGUCUAUCCAACAUACUUACAAUUGAUAUAGAUAGGCCAGUAAGACUUAAACUCAAUAAUAUGUAGAAAAAGAUAACGACAGCCAUGUUCGACAAUAGCAGUAUCUUAUCUCAAGCACAUGUAGGUACAUGUAGACUGUAAUGAUGAAGGACAAAUUGGACUAUUAUUGUAUUUCGAACAGGUAAAGUCAGUUAAAAACGGGACCGACAAACAAAUUAAACAAUUGCUACAACUAAAGCAGUUGAAGUAAACAACAGGAUCAACAACUGUGUUGGACAAUUACUGCAACUGAAGCAGGUAAACUGAGGUAGACAACGGGACGGACAGUUAUUGAGGAAGGUGAACUCAGGUAGACAACGGGACGGACAGUUAUUGAGGAAGGUACCUUGUCCCCUAAACCAGACGAUGGAUCCCCGAUACAGCGCCCAAGACGUGCUGCGCUGUGACCUGUGUGACACUCCUGUACCCCCGAUGUACUGUGACCUCUGCGAGGUCAAACUUUGUAAGGCAUGUGUCGGGGAACACCUCUCAGAUCUCUCCAAUGAACAUAAAGUUGUGCCAUUCAUAAAACGAGGAUCUACUGUUAGGCACCCGAAAUGUUCAAAACACGCCGACAAUCAGUGCGAACUCUACUGUCAAGAAUGUGAUACUUCUGUUUGUGCUAUUUGUAUUUCAUCUAAUUCUCACAAAGGGCACACCUUUCUCACAGCAUUGGAGAUACUCAAUUUUAAACGAAAAGCCAUAGAAAAAGAUUUCAAAGAAUUACAAACAUUGUUGCAUCCCAAGUAUGAGCAACUUGCAUCAGAAAUAAAACGAGAAAAGUCUGGUUUAGAAACACACUAUUCAAAACUGACAACAACUGCCACCCAACUAGGAGAAGUCUGGCACCGACAAGUCGACGUCAUUGUCAACAGGCGAAAAUCUAACAUUGACGAGAUGAAAUCCAAACACUUGGAUGUUCUAACCAAACAGGAAGAUGAUAUCACGCACAUUAUUUCUGAACUGAAACAGACUAUUCGUGAUCUGAGAAGAAUACUAGACUCAAAUGAUGUUUCCCUUGCCUCUUCAUAUAAAUCCAGAAAUUCUGAAUUCAGAGCACUACCUUCUACAGUGAAGGUGACAUUACCAAGUUUCUCUCCUCACGAAAACGACACAGAACGGCUCGAUGAACUGUUUGGAUCAUUGUCAGCAUUAUCAAUAACAACUGAGGAACAUGGCUACACAUUAAGGACCCCAGAAUGCGAUUCUUCUCAUCCAGUUAAAGCAUUACUUGAUGAACCACAACUGAUCACCACCAUAGAAACUGGGUACAACGGACUUCGCAGUGUUACCUGUCUCAAUGAUGAAGAAAUCUGGACUCGUGGUGAAAGCAAAUUCAUGAAACUGUACGAUAUCCGGGGCAAACUGCUAAAAUCAAGCAAAUCCAAGUCAGGGAAUAGUCCAGAAGACAUAGAUGUGACAAGUGAUGGAGAGUUAGUUUACACUGACCGUGAAGCAAGGACAGUAAACAUAGUAAAGAACAAGCAGAUGAAAGAAGUGAUCAGAUUACAGGAGUGGAAACCUAACUCGAUCUGUAGUACCUCUUCCGGCGACCUUCUGGUUACCAUGGUCAGUGAUGAUAUCGAGCAAUCCAAAGUUGUCCGUUACUCUGGCUUCAAAGAGACACAAGUCAUUCAGUUUGAUGAUCAGGGUCGCCCUCUCUAUUCGUCUGAUCACCUUAAAUAUAUUAGCGAGAACAGGAACCUGGAUAUCUGUGUGGCUGACAAUAUGGCUAAAGAAGUAGUGGUGGUCAAUCAGGCAGGGCAACUCCGAUAUAAAUACACUGGUCAUAUUUCUAAAAGCAAGGGGCCAUUUUGUCCAUACGGCAUCACUACAGACAGCCAAAGUCAGAUCCUAACAGCAGACUAUUACAACGACUGCAUCCACAUCCUAGAUCAAGACGGACAGUUCCUUCGUUACAUUGACAACUGUGGUUUGCACGGCCCAUGGGGCUUAUGUGUGGAUGAAAGAGACAAUCUUUUCGUGGCCGAAUUUAACAGUGGCAAAGUAAAGAAAAUCCGAUACUUAUAAAAACCCUGUCUUAAUUGCAGAAUGCGAUUUCAACUUUUUUGAUGAGAUUAAUCUUCGCACACAGAUAAAGAUAUAAAUUCAUUAACAGAAUGCUGACCAUUCCUUACAAUUAAGAGAGUUGCUUUCAUAGUUGUGGAGUUAACAUCCCCAGGUUUCGACAACCUUUUCCUCAUACGAGUGCACCAGCCUAUGGUGAAGCGACAUAAUUUGACGUGUGCUAGGCGUUCUUUCAGAGCGAGGGGUCUUUAUUCAUCUCGACAAAGUCUAUUGUGACACGUGAUCAAUAGUGUUUUCAGGUCUUCUUCAAAAUAUUUCACUUCUAAUACCGAGUACUAGACGAGGAACAGUCACCACGUGUACAAGCUUUUGCCUUCUUUGAGAUAUCUGAACAAGAUCGCAGGAACCCUCACCCACAUCUCUAUCUGACAUACAGCAGUUUUAAAUGGGGAAUGGCUGCUAUAAGUACAAGAUGAUAUGAAAUAGUUUGCUUACAAAUGUACAUGUACAUACGUUUGUAGAGGAAUAGCUUAUGAUUUCGCAUUAGUAUGCCUUCACUAUAUUACGUCUUUGUUUUACGUUAUUACGUCAUUGUUUUACGUUAUUAUGUAAUUGUUUUACGUUAUUACGUCAUUGUUUUACGUUAUUACGUCAUUGUUUUGUUUUAUUACAUCAUUGUUUUACGUUAUUACGUCAUUGUUUUGUUUUAUUACAUCAUUGUUUUACGUUAUUACGUCAUUGUUUUGCGUUAUUACGUCAUUGUUUUGUUUUAUUACGUCAUUGUUUUACAUUAUUACGUCAUUGUUUUACGUUAUUACGUCAUUGUUUUGUUUUAUUACGUCAUUGUUUUACAUUAUUACGUCAUUGUUUUACGUUAUUACGUCAUUGUUUUGUUUUAUUACAUCAUUGUUUUGUUUUAUCAUGUCAUUGUUUUAUGCUAUUUCGUCUGUUUUUCAUCAUCAUAUUGCGAUAGAUUUUUUUUUUGAUUUUUUAGAAAAUGUUUUGAAUAGUUUUGUAAAGAAAGUUUCAUGAAAUCAAUAUGAAUACUACCAUAUUGUUUUAACAACCUUUUGUGAAAUUCUUAUAAUGCUGUUGAAGAAAAAUUGCAAUUUUUUUUUUUCGCGUUGAUAUAGGAUUUUGUAUAUGUAUGUCCUGCAUCUUAAAACGUGUGAUGACCUAUCUAUGUUAUUUGAUAAUUUAGUAGUUUUAGCUCUAAUAAAUUGAAAUAAAUGCACA